CGUGGCCAACCGCGAGCGCCGCGACGCCGUGCGCGCGACGUGGGGGCGUGCGCUGCGCGACUCCAGCCGCCUGCUCUUCGUCACGGGCCACUCCGGCGACGGCCGGCUGCAGGAAGAGCUAAUAGCCGAGGCACUGGUGAACGGCGACAUGCUGGUUGAGGACAUGGUGGACACUUACGACAACCUCACGGUAAAGACGCUGCUCAUGCUCAAGUGGACGGCUGACCACUGCUCUCAAGUCUCUUACGUCGUCAAGGUGGACGACGACGUGGUGCUCAACGUGCGCGCGCUGUCCCGCGUGCUGGCGGGGGCGGCGGAGCGGGGGUGGCCGCUGGUGGGGCGGCUGCUGCGCCGGCCUCCGCCCUUCCGCUCACCCAACCACAAGUGGUACGUGCCGCGCUGGUUGUACCCGGAGGACGCGCUGCCCGAGUACCUGUCGGGGCCCAGCUACGCCGUGGCGGGCUCGGCGCUGAGGCCGCUGCUGCGCGCCGCCCUAAAGACGCCCCUGCUGCCGCUGGAAGACGUCCUGACCACGGGCGUGGCCGCUGACACGGCAGGGCUGACGCGCUACGACGUGCCCGGCCUCGACGCCGUUCCAUCACCGCUCUGGCUGACCAGGCCGUGUCUGGCGCGCGCUUCGCUCUCCACGGGCAGCCUCACCGCCCACGAGAUCCGCGCCAUCUGGGACACCGUCUCCAGGCCGCCGGCCGGCCUCUGCUGGUUGCUCGACCGCCUCGGCAUUAUUGACCACGGACGUGAGUGGUGACGUCGGCCUCUGCAGCAGACGGGUCUUCCUCCGGUGACCGGUGUGCCCUAGUCCUGAGCCCCCCCCCCCCC